GAUAAUUUUUUUUUUCUAAUUUUCAGUUAUUAUAAAUGCGCCAAGUCGAAUAAUGUGUGUUGCCCUGGUACAGCCAAAAGAAAUGUGGAUGGUACGUUUGUUGAACUUAAACCUCACCUCAUCACACAUUUAAGAUCAAUGGAUGAUAAUGGCAAUUUGUUAAAACUGUUUAAAUCAACAUUGAAGACAAGGGCCAAAAAUGAAAAUUCCGCUUUAAAAACCAUAUAUGAUGAAGAAUCGCGAAGGCAUACUGUUGCAGCUGCUUCAUAUCCGUGGUCAACUGCUGAAAGCCUAAUGUGUUUUGCCAGAAGAUCUUCGUUGCCUACACUACCACAGACGCUUCAAGGUUUGGCAACACGGUUUGAAGAUGGCUGUUUGAAUAGAUUUUCUUGUUGUGAUACAAUGAUUUUUCAAGGAUGUAUUUCUGAUACAGAAGGUAAAUUACUAACUGCAAAAUAUAAAUCCCAAUUGUUUACUAAUUAUACUAAAUUUUGUUUAGAUGAAUUAUGUGGACUAAGCCAAAAUUAUCACAAUAUUGUUAGACAGCUAGAAAAUGGAUUACAGCCAACUAGAAAUUUAAAAUCAAAAUUUAUAAUGAACUCGAAGCGUAUUAAAAUGGCAACCGAGCAAUAUGAUGCAGGAAUAAUAAGUAGUUGGCAGUUUUUGGUAAAAUGUUCUUAUUCUUGCACAUCAUACGAAGAAAGGCUAAGACGUUGGGCAUUGGACAUUGAAAUCCAAGAUAUUGGAAAUCCAGAAAUCAUUAAUGGAGAAGAUAUUAUUGCAGAACCACUGCCAGAGCAGUUAGUACACAAUGAUAUGCAAGAAGAAACAAUUUCGACUUGCAUUACUUGUACUAUAGAAACUGCUGAAAAUAAUAUUUCACAGUACAUAGCCUUACCAUGUGGACACGCAUGGAUAUGUGAAACAUGUGUCUCAAUUCUCAAUGAGCAAUACCCAAAACGGUGUCCAAUGUGUCGCGCGGAUUGUGACACAUUUCAAAGAAUAUAUUACGGUUGAACAAUUUUAUUUUAUUGUUAUUUUACAGGCCUAGGCCACCUUUAAGAUAAGUAUAAUUUGUAUAUAUAUAUUAAAAAGAAUUAAUAUAUUAUCAAUUCUAUAUAAUUAUAAGAUUUGAGAAUGUAUUUAAGUAACUGGUGAGUAAUAUGAAUAUGUAUUAUGUAGAAUAUAAAUCAAAGAAUUAGUGUCAAUAGGUAAAAAUAAUGGGUUUAAAAAUAAAAGUCUUUCAAUAUGUAUAGUAUUAUUAUAAACUGUUUGAACUAAUAUAUUAUAUUAUAAAUACUGUUAAAAAUAAGCAUGAAAUACUAUUAUA